UUCAGUCUGAGUGCGGCAGGCAACGAAUCGGGACGGAGUGUUUACUACAUUUUACAGCUUUUAAAACUCUUUAAAACCCGAAACUGGUAAUUAACACCGUAUACUUUGUUUACAUCAUCUUUGUCUGUGACAUUGUAGCAUUAAAGCGAAUACCACGGUUAUUACAAAAUACACAGCAGUCUCGUAAAGCUCCUUUAACAUUGAGCUAACGUUACAUGGUUUAGUAGGCCUCUCUUUUCUAGCAUGGGCUUUACGAGAAAAGUAUUGAGAUGAUAACAUCAGUUUACUUAUAUUCUGAUAAUAGCUAUUAGUCGAACUAACUGAUAAUGUAAAUUCACUAUAUUAUUUAUGAAGGUAUUAUUCUAAUCUUUGUUGAUCAUUAUAUAGUAACGUUAGUGUCUUUUCUUCAUCGCUCGUAGUUCGUUCCAGCUAGCUUUGGGCUACUUUUUAUUACUCAACAGUAAGUAUGUGAUUGUUUUCUUGACUGUCUUGGUUUCUAAGCUUUCGCCAUACAUACAGACAGGUGGCAAAUUAAAGGAAAAAAUGAAUUAAAUGAGUGGAGAAGAUGUAGGUGCAGGUUCGCUGUAUAGUACAGAUAAGCAUUUAAUAUCCAAUCAUACUCUGAGGCGUUUAUGAUAUUACUGAACAGGCCCAGUUGAUUCUGAUUUUGUAUCAAGAUGGCAAGAGGAAAAGAGCUCAGUGAAAGCGGGUUGAUUGUUAGAGAAAUGAUGGCAGGAACUUUAGUCACAAAGACUGCCCAUUUGGCUCGUGUUUCAAUAGGAGCAGUGACAGUAAGAUCUAUGGGAAAGACAUCAGUAAAUAGGGUUGUAAAUUGUGGUCGACAGAUUAAAUUUGAUGACCGUGAUACCUCGUACAUUACUGCGAUAUGUAAGAAAAAACAGAAUAGCAACUCUUCCUCUGAUGAUUGACAUGAUCAGAUUGUCAUCAAGAACAGUCCUUAGAAAAUUACAUAGAGAAGGAUACUAUAGUAGGAUUUCAAUGCCUAAACCUCUCAUCAAUGGUGCAAAAACCAUAGGCACUGGUCUACAGAGAUGUGGAAUAAAGUGAUAUGGUCAGACGAGUCGUCCGUCACCAUAUUCUGCACAAGUGGGUGACUGCAUGUGCCGCGUUCACUGAGAGAACUGUACAAGCUUGAUUGGUUGACCCACAGUGAGGGGAUCGGUCAGUGCAAAUCAACACAAAGUUGAUGUGAGUGUCGACCACCUUUGUCCUCCUGAUGGGGGCGGUCUCUUCCAGGAUGUCAGUGCCCCCAUCCAUAGGGCACAGGGGCUCACCAAAUGGUUUAAUGGGUAUGAAAGUGAUGUGAUGCUAUGACCGUCACAGUCUCCACAUCUCAACCCAGUUGAACACCUAUGUGAGAUUUUGGACCAACAUGUUAGACAUCGCUCUCCACCACCAUCAUCAAAACACCAGAUGAGGGACUAUCUAUUGGAAGAAUGGUGUUCAUCCCUCCAGUAGAGUUCACAGGCUGUACAAUCAAUGCCAAGUUGCACUGAAGCUGAUUGGCUGGUAUGUGGUGGCCCAACGUAGUUUUUUUCCUUUAACUUGUCACCUACCUUUUAUAUUGAACCAUUGCUGAAGGUGACCUGUAGUGUAUGUCAUUUCCCAAAAAACAUCAGUUGUGGUUAGUUAGUUGCACCAGUUAUUUGGCCCAUAAUUUAAAAUGAAAAGGCAAGGUGUAGAAGUAUUUGCAUAACAAAUAAUGUGAGGUGAUGCCAUUUUGUUACUUUAGAGUGUAUUCUUUUCCUGUUCCUUAAGAUGGAAGCCAGAGUUGUUUUUCGGGCUUAUCAUCAGUGUCAAGCUAGAUUAAAUCAACAACAGGUCUGAAUGCCAAAACAUUUAUUCUGGAGUAGAUAGUGGAACUAUAUAAGCAUGGGUUGACAAUGCAGUGUAGUGACAGUAGGAGCAUGUUUGUCUCAUGUUGCUGUAUCUUGAGUGUGCAAAUGUCAAACUCCCUUCUUUGUAUUUGCGCACAACUGUCUGUCUCUGAAUAACCCUUUUUCAGUUCCCUGGGGAGUGUUUUUGAUUGAUUUGUAGGUUUAAAACCAUCCUCUUGGCAUUGGCCCUUUGUGGGGAUCCCUGGAUAUGGAUAGCUUGGCCCCCCCAUGGUCCCCCCCUCAUUGAGAAUACAUGGGCAGAAGAUUUUUUUUCCUCUUCAGCAUUGGUAAUCAACAGCUGAAAAUAUCCAAAAGCUUGAGUAACCUGGCCAUCUUUUCUGCUGCCAUCACCUAAAUGGCACCAAGUGUGCAAAAUGCCACCAAGCCCAAGAAGAAGCUGAAGAUGUUUUUUUUCCCCCCAUUCACCCGCCAGUCCAUGUUUGUCUCCUUUUUGCCACAUCAAUUAAAGCAUUUUUGGAUCUUUUUUUUUUCUUUUCUGGCUCUUUAUGUCCCCCUAUUCAUUUCUUUCAUUAGUUACACCAAUUAAUAAAAAAUAAUAAAAAAAACAAACAUCCCCAAAAGGACUCAAUUGCAUCCAGCAUCAGAAAUGUUUAGCAGUCUGGCGUCUCAGAGUCUCAGAGAAGGGAUGUCGUAGGAAGACAAGUGUCUCUGGGCGAUCCACCCCCCUUUUCCUCUUAUCUCACGGAUCAAGUGUUCCUUCAGGACUCCAUACCGCCAAGGAGACACCCCACCAGCAGUCUGCACAAGAGGGAGACAACUUCUCAGCCACCUCAGGGAGAGUUCUGUUGGCCCUGAAGACAACCAGCUGCUGGGUUUAAAGGUCAUAACCUCAUCACCUCCGCCUCUCAAGACGCACACCGGCCUUACUAUGACCAACCAUGGAGACGACUGCUACUUCUUUUACUAUUCCACCUGCGCUAAAGGAGACAGCUGCCCGUUCAGACACUGUGAGGCAGCUAUGGGAAACGAGACUGUCUGCAACCUCUGGCAGGAGGGGCGCUGCUUCCGUACCGUCUGCAAGUUUCGCCACAUGGAGAUCACUAAAAAGAGAAAGGAGAUACCUUGUUAUUGGGAGAACCAUCCAGCCGGCUGCCAAAAGCCACACUGUGCCUUCUUCCAUGAAAAGGCCCGUUAUAUUGAUGGUGCCUACGUCCCACCUGAUAAAAGUCAAAGCAAGAACGAGGAGCAGCCGUGUGAGGAACCAGCUCCCCCACCACCAGCCCCUCUCCCCACUGCAGCUAACCCUCAGCUCAGAGGAGUCAUCAAGACAGAGGGUCAGGAGCCUGUACCGAGCCCCACCCACCCACCAGUGGUGAUUAAUCCAGCUGACGAUGACGAGGACGAAGAUGACCAGUUCUCAGAAGAGGGAGAGGAGGGCAAGGUCGGCACUUCUCCUAGAAAGCUCCCCAAAUCAGAUGAAUCGCUGAACUUUGGAGUGAGCACCCUGGAGGAGAUCCGGCUGAGGAAGGCCCUUAAAGCCAGCAUGAAGAGAGCCGGUUAUCCCAUCCAGAGCGCUGACACCUCUGCCAACGGAGAGAAAGAAAACAUCCAGUCAUUUUUCAGACCGGCCCUUUAUGAAGCCAGAGAUGCCCCGCUUGUCUUUGAAGAACCAGGGAGACCUAGAAGCAGUGUGGCUGAAAGGCUUGGAAGGAAGGUGCCCAUCACAGAUGUGAAAAGAGAAGGACUGAAAAGGAGUCUAGCUGAACGUCUGGGUAGAGGUGUGGAUGAAGAAGAGCAUCCUCAGAAAUCUUUAAAGCAUGUUAAAGAAAGACUUGGAUUGCAUGCUGGUCAUGUUGGACUCACUGAAGCAGCAGCUGAUAGCAAUACAGGCCCAGAGAAAGCUGCUGAGCAGAUCCGCAUUAAAACUCUGGAGGAGAUCAGACAAGAGAAAGCAGCUCAGUCUCAGAGCCAGAAAGACAGUCCUUCAGCCACAGCUGAAAUCACUGUUAACACCAAAACCACAAAGGGUGUAAAACGAGCCAUCACCGUCAAAGACGACUCCAUCAGCCACAUAAAAACCUUUUCUGAGAUCCUCCAUGCCAAGAAGAAAAAGGAAGAGCAGGAGCACAACCCCAGCCCUAAGAAGACCAAGAACGCUGCUGAGAAAGCUGCAGGCAAGAUCCAGGGAGAGCCUGACCCAGCUGAACCCGGGCCUGAGUCUCCAAACACAGGGGAGAUCAGAGUGAAGACCCUGGAGGAGAUCCGCAGAGAGAAGGCAGCCAGGAUUCAAGCCCAGCAGACUCAGGACACUGAAAACAAGAAGAGCCCGAAUACUGAGGAGAACGGUGCUAAGAAGCCUCGCCUACUGCGCGCCAAGAAAGCAGCUUCUCAAAGCAUCACCACAUCUGAGAAUAGUGAUGAAGUGACGGACAAGCCACUGAAGACUCCUGCUGCUUCUCCUCAGACCAUGUCUGCCACCAACAGCGUCAAGGUAAAGAGCUUUGAGGAGAUCAUGCGGGAGAAACGCCUCCGCAGGCAGGAGAUGGAGGAGCAGGCUUCCUCCAGCAGCCAGGACAAAGCUGACUCUGAAGCAGUGCCGUCACAAAAACCAUCAACAGGCAGCACCCUGAAGAGGAAGGUUCCUGCUAGAGUCACCCUCACACCACCAGGCUCUUCAUCACCUUCCUCCACCACUGUGGUCCCUGACUCUACCCCCUCCGCCCAAAAAGUCCCUGUUCGUAAACAGAUCCCCCUCAAAUCCAAGGCUGCGUCACCCCUGAACAGCACUGCUGCUGUCCCUGUGCAGCAGGGUGAGAGCCAGUCCUGCUCACAGAGCCCCAGCAGCUCCAGAGAGGUCCCGGAAAGAAACACAGUGAGCUCCACUGCUCCUCAGGGUCCCACUGCUGAGAAAACACUCAACACUAAUCAGAAGAAGUCCCCAGAACACAGUGCAGACACCAAAGUGAGGCCCAAACUGAAUGUGAAGCCGUCUGUGAUGAAGCCAGUGCAGAUGAAGCCGGGCCCGAAGAGGAGAGGAACAGAGCGGUCUGCUGUAGCUGCAGUCAAACCUCUGAACAGCACCUCCACUGUGCUGGAGGAGCAUUUGCAGGAUGCAACAUGCAGAGACAGACAGGUGUUCCCAUCCUCCAGCACAGAGGCUCAGCUGAGCUCUGCUGUUCCUCAUAGUCCCAGCACCCUGCUGGAGACAGGCUCCAGCUCCAGCCCUCUGAGAGAGGAUCUGCAGACUGUCCCUGUCUUCAAACAGAGUCCAAGCCAAGAAACCAGGCCGGCCAGCACUGCUGCUGCCACAGAGACCUGUACAGUCCCCCAAAGCCCGGUCAUGAAGAGUCCCUCUCAGCCUAAGCCACGGAGACCGAGUGUGGCCCAGCCCCGCACCACCUCCACCUCCAGCGUCGCCUCAACCUCAGCCGUGGACGACUUCGAGGAGCUGAUCAACGAGUUUACGGACGACCACAUGGAGGACGACGUGGACCCCGGCAUCGGAGAGGACGACUUACUGCAGGAGCUGUCAGAGAUGAUUGACAGCUGAGGGCUCCAUCAUCACCCCGCCUCAAACCUCUCACAACCUUGUCUUGUGAUAGUGUGUUUGAAGACCAUCACCCACUAUUCACUAUAGAGCGUUUUGUUUUGUUUUUUUAAGACAUUUUUCUUAAAAGUCCAACUUAUUUUAAACAUUAGGGUCAUAUUUGUUGUUCUUUACAUUUUAGACAUAUUCUCUUAUCCAGUUCUUUCUUCAUUUUCUGCUCUUAUGAUUAUUUUAAAGACCUUGUGUUAUUCUACAGAGCUUCAUCAUGUUUUAUGAUCAUUUUAUGAAAGCAGCUGUGGUGCUUACAGAUGUAGUUUAGACCACUGUCAGUUGGUCAGGAACUCCUGGAAGAUGUUAAGGGUUAAAAUGAUGAAUGUGUUUUAGAGAGAAGUCAUUUCUGUAUACUGUGUAUGCACCGGGAAGAGCAAGCUGAAUAUAGCAAUGAUUCAUUCUGUUGCAUUUACAGUAGCCUGCCCCCCCUCACUUGUUUUUGUUUUUAUAUGUAACAAGAUUGUUCAGUUGGUUUCCAGAUUAUGACAUUUAAAUGUAUGAAUUUCACUGUCAUGGUGAGCAGCAAACUUUAAAACCUCAGAGGAAGUAAAAAUAUAUUUUCCAAAUCUCAGCAGUCAUCAUGUUGAUGUUAGUUUAUCCAUCAGUUCUAAGUUAUAUUGAUUUUCCACUCAGAUCUUAAUGAGUGCACCUUCUGCCUGUGACUGUCCCUUUUUAUAAUGUGUGAAAUGCAUUCGUUAGUUUGAACAGUUCUUUUACUCAGCAUCCAUACUUUAAAACUAGUGUGGGAUAACCUCUCUGGUCUUUGUUAAUGAACACCUCAGGGACUGUUUCUGAUGUUUCUAUGUUCUUUAUAUGAUCGACACAACACUGUAUUUCAUUUCAACAAUGCUGUCUUUAGCUGUUUUUUCCCUUUUUAUGUUGGCAUUGGUUUAUCAAUGUGAUCUGAGAAAAGAAGAACUGGUUUGCUCUGUCCUGACCCUUUUCAACAAGAGUUUAAAGUGACUUGUAUAAAUGACUGUGUAAAUAAAAAAUGCUUUUAAUUGAUAA